AUGGAUAAGGAUCAACUCGCUCAGUUGCUGAAGGCCAGCACCGUUCCCAACACGGAACAGGUCAAGGCUGUCACAGCUGAUCUCCAAAAGAACUACUACUCAAAGCCCGAAUGCCUUCUCCUCCUCAUCGAGAUUGCUCUCACAAAUGACGACAGCGCCAUCAGACAGCUCGCUUCCGUCCAGGCUCUUCGCAAGGGUGCUAAGCACUGGAAGAAGGUUGCUGACGAUCAGAAGCAGCUUGUCCGCCAGCACUUGAUCGAGGGUACCCUUCGUGAGACCGUUAAGCCCAACCGUCACUCCCUGGCUCGCCUUAUCGCUGGCCUGGUUUCUGAAGACAUGGAGCUCGGCGCCGGCGAGGAGUUCCUCAAGCAGAUUAUUCCCCUCAACUCUAGCGAUAACGUUGUUUCUCGUGAAGUUGGCUCUUUCCUUCUGUUUGCCAUGCUCGAGGCAAACCCCGAGCAGUUCUCGGACCACAUCCACCAGCUCCUCGACCUUUUCCGUCCCAGACUUGAAGACCCCGAGAGCAAGGAGGUUCGCAUCAACAUUGUCCAGGCAAUCGGUGCCGUUGUUCUCAUCGUCGACGCUGAAGAGGACCCUCAGUCUGUUAAGGCUAUCCAGACCUUUAUCCCUCCCAUGGUCAACAUCCUCAAGGCCACUGUUGAGGCUGAAGAUGAGGAGAGCUACAAGGUCGUUUUCGAGACCCUGCACUCAUUCCUCGCCUACGACCCUGCCUUCCUUGCUCUGCACCUGCGUGACCUCCUUCAGGUCAUGAUGCAGCUUGCUGGCAAUGCUGAUGCUGAAGAAGACGCCCGUUCUCAGGCCAUUACCUUCCUUAUCGAGGCUGCCAACUACCGCCGUCUCAAGAUCCAGGCCAUGGGUGACGUUGCCUCUCAGAUGAUGGUUGGCGCCAUGCACAUCGCCACCGAGCUUGAACCCGAUGAGGAUGAUGAGGACAUGUCCCCCGCUCGCUCUGCCAUUGGUCUUAUUGACCAGCUCGCUGGCAGCCUUCCUCCCAAGCAGGUUAUUGUUCCCCUUCUCGAGCAGUUCCCCAAGUUUGCCACUCACCAGGACCCCCGCUUCCGUAUGUCUGCCAUGCUCUCUCUCGGAAACGCUGCCGCUGGUGCCCCCGACUUUAUCUCCACACAACUUGAGCCCCUUCUUCCCUUGAUUGUCAACCUGCUCUGCGACACUGAGCUCCAAGUUAGACAUGCUGCUUUGGUUGGUUUGAUCCACCUCGCCGAGGAGAUGGCUGAUGAGAUGGCCUCUCAGCACGAGCAGAUUAUCUCUGCUAUUCUCAAGAACCUCGACGCUGCUUCUCAAGCGGGCUCCGACAAGAAGAAUGUUAGCAUCAUUCGCUGCGCUUGCGGUGCUCUUGACACCUUUGGCGAUGGUAUCGACACCAAGAUCAUGGCCCAAUAUGGCCCUAGCCUGAUGGAGCCCAUGAUCAAGCUCCUUGACCACGAAGACUUUGGCGUCAAGGCUGGUGCUGCUUCUGCUCUGGGUGCCAUUGCUGGCUCCAUGGAUGACGCUUUCAAGCCUUACUUCGAGGGUGUUAUGAAGUCGCUUGCCCAGUUCGUCAUGAUCAAGGACAACGAGGAAGCCAUGAACCUGCGCAGUGCCACUUGCGACAGCUUGGGCCGUAUUGCCAUGGCUGUCGGUGCCGAGACCUUCCAGCCCUACGUCGUUGACCUGAUGAAGGCCAGCGAAGAGGCUCUCCACCUCGACAACCCUAGACUCAAGGAAACCAGCUUCAUCCUAUGGUCUAGCCUGUCCAAGGUUUACCAGGCUGACUUUGCCCCCUUCUUGGACGGUGUCUUCAAGGGUCUCUUUGCUUCUCUCGAGCUUGAGGAGGAAGAGCUUGACCUUCCUGGAAUCGAUGCCAGCCAACUCGGCGAGGAUGGAUCUCUCGUCAUUGGCGGCCGCCGCAUCAAGGUUAAGGCUCCUGACAGCGCUGACGACUUCACCAUCGCUACCGAUGGCGAGGAUGAUGAUGAUGAGGACGACUGGGCUGAUUUGGACAACUUCCACGCCGUCACUGCUGUCGCUCUCGAGAACGAAAUUGCCCUUGAUGUCAUCGGCGAUGUCAUUUCCAACUCUUGCAACUCCGCCAACCUCGAGAAGUACACCGAGGAGACCAUUGAGAAGGUCGCUACCUUUGCUGAGCACGACUACGAGGGCUGCAGAAAGUCUGCCAUCUCUACUCUCUGGCGCAUCUACACCCGCGUCUUCCAAAUCUGGGAGGAGAGCGCUGGUUCUAAGUGGCAGCCUGGUUUGCCUGCUAAGCAGGCCCCUCCCGCCUCUAUCGUCAGCAUUGCCCAGCUGCUGUACAAGACCACCAUGCCCAUCUGGACUAACGACUCUGACCGGGGUGUUGUUACCGACAUUAACCGCAAUGUCGCCGCUACUUUGAAGGCCUGUGGCCCUGCUGUCCUCGGUGCCCAGGGCAGCCUUCUGCAGGAGAUUGUCACCACCAUCACCACCAUUGUUACCAGAUCCCACCCCUGCCAGCAGGAUCUUGGCGAUGAGGAGGAUGCCCAAGAAGUCGAUGCUGGUUCUUCUGAGUACGACUGGCUUGUCAUUGACACCGCCCUUGAUGUUGUUUCUGGUCUUGCUGCUGCUCUUGGCCCUGACUUCGGCGAGCUCUGGAAGAUCUUCGAGAAGCCCGUGCUCAAGCUUGCCAGCUCUACCGAGGAUCUCCACCGCUCCACCGCUGUCGGCACCAUUGCUGAGGUCUGCAAGUUCACGAAGGAUGCCAUCACCCCCUUCACUGAGUCUCUGGGCCAGGCUCUUGCUCGUCGCUUGACUGACCCCGACUCCCUUACCAAGUCUAACGCUGCUUACGCCAUUGGUCUCUUGGUUCUCCAGUCUGCCGACACCGCCAAGACGUUCCCUCUGUACUCUGCUCUCUGGGAGAAGCUCCAGCCUCUCCUCGUUGUCAAUGAAAUGCGUAUGACCGACAACGUUGCUGGUGCCCUGAGCCGCAUGAUCUUGAAGAACCCCGAACCUGCUUUCGUCGCGGAGGUCUUGCCCGCUGUUGUCAAUGUUCUUCCCCUUGCCGAGGAUUACGAGGAGAACGAGCCCAUCUACCAGUGCAUCUGCCACCUCUACCAGCAAAACAACGAGACUGUCCGCCAGCUGACCCCUCAGUUGAUGACUAUUUUCGAGAAGGUUUUGGGUGAGCCUGAGGAGCAGCUCGACCAGCCUACUAGGGAGCUCUUGACCAGCACUGUCCAGACUCUCCGCGGUUAA